AUCGUUCGUUGCAUGGGAUAGAUAAACCGGCGUCUGCAAUAGAAGUCUGGUGUGAAUACACGUGGCAUGGUACAUCUGCAUCUAAUGAGGUUGUCGCAUGCAUAGUAUAUCUUCAGGAAAAGUUAUCACGUAUUGUGAAGAUUGAAAGCAUAUGACAAGGAUACAAAGAAAUCUUGCUAAAUGGGUGACUGGAGACCGUUUUUGUAUGGAGGCCUGGCCUCUAUUACAGCAGAGAUAGGAACUUUUCCCAUAGACACUACGAAGACCAGGCUACAGAUUCAGGGCCAGAAAAUUGACGCUCGAUUGUCUGAGCUCCGCUACAGAGGCAUGACUCAUGCCAUGUUUCGAAUCUUUCAGGAAGAAGGAUUCUCUGCUUUAUACUCUGGAAUAUCUCCAGCCAUUUUGAGGCAGGCUACAUAUGGUACAAUAAAGAUAGGAAUUUACCAUUCACUUAAAAAGAUGUUAGUGGAAAAUCCAGACGAAUCCACAUUGUUUAUCAAUGUAGGCUGUGGAAUAGUGGCAGGAAUUGUGUCGAGUGCUGUAGCUAACCCUACUGAUGUACUCAAGGUUCGAAUGCAGGCUAUGACAGAAAUCAAAGACAAGGAAUCCAUGCUGCAAGCGUUUGGAAGAAUAUACAAAGAGGAGGGCACCAAAGGACUGUGGAGGGGUGUGGUUCCCACUGCACAGAGAGCAGCCAUAAUAGCUGGGGUGGAGCUACCUGUAUAUGACUUUUCUAAAUACUGGAUACUGAAAACUGGGCUUCUUGGAGAUCAUGUUGGCACACAUUUUAUAUCCAGCUUUUUUGCGGGAUUAGCUGGUGCUAUAUUUUCUACUCCAGUUGAUGUUAUCAAGACAAGAAUGAUGAACCAGAAGAACCUCAGAGGAAAAACGUUAUCGUCCAAGAUAUAUUCCUCAUCCAUUGACUGUGCUGCACAGACGGUGAGAACUGAGGGUUUCCUGGCUCUGUAUAAAGGUUUUAUUCCCAUCUGGGUCAGACUUGGUCCAUGGAAUGUCAUUUUCUUCAUGACCUAUGAACAACUGAAGAAAGUGAAAUGAUGAAUGGUCACACAAAAAAAGGACAAUCAACUAUGGAAUCAAAUGGGCAGUUGAUUUUUUAAGUAGUUGUUUUAAUUAGUGUACAUGUGUUCUAUUUACAUGUACUUGGGGAUUAAUUAAUGUAAAUGUGUUUAAAUGUACAUAAGCCUUAGUUGGUGUUUUAUUAGUUUACCUGAGCCAAAGGUUCAUUGAGUUUAUCAUAUGGUUCUUGGAUGGCCUGUGAUGUGUGUAGUACACCCCAUAGAAUAUAACCCAUAUUGUGAGAAAUCAAUAGUGUAAUUGGGUGAAGAAUUUUCACAUCGAAGAGAACAUUUCCCCUAAUCAAAAGGAACACAGAUACUGGUUUCUUAAAAGAAUAGGUUUCUUGAAAAAUAGUUAAUUUGAUUUGUUAAACUUUGUGCAGGAUAAAAAUAUAUCUUUUGUGGGAAAUUUUUCCACUGGGUACAAUAAAAAUCUAGUAAACUAUUUGAUACUGAAAAAAAUGUAUUUUCUAUAAAUCAAAAUUUAUGUACAUUUACACUAGAAAAUGUUUUCAAGGAAAAUAAUUUAUUUGCUUUUAUAUUUGUUAUUGUAUAACUAUUAUACAGUUAUUUCCAUGAAUCCACAAUUGAUUUGUAUGUAUAUAUAAAUUAUAUUUUUAAACUUAUUACCUUUAAAUUUUGUCAUUUUAAUCAAUUAUUAUGUACUAUUUAUUAUGCUGUUUAAUGAAAAUGUGAAAUUUUUUGAUGUUAAUACAUUUUUGUAUAUUUAUUUCUGUAUAAGUUUGACUACAUCUUUAAAAGGGUGGCAACAUAUACAUUUUCUUUGUUUAUUGAUUAAAUUAAGCUAUUAUUAAAAGGGGGCAUUCGCAUUCGUGUUGUACCGACACAUCUAGGUUUGGGUUGGGUUUUUUUUUUUAGUUUCAAUGUAUGCCAUACCAAAAUUCAUUCCAUUGUUGAAAUCCAGCUCUUCUGCGUUAAAAUUGUCCAUUGACUUACAUAUAUGCAACUUCAAAACGGGUCCAAUGUUUAAUAUACAAGUAUUUGGAGAUUUAAGAUGGCACUCAGCAUAGUGCUAUCUUUACCAGAAUUGUGAUUAUAUGAAAUAUAUUUAAGAAGGAACAACACAUCUUCAUAAUAGCUGACUUCCUUUUUAAACAUAAAUGAAAAUAUAAAUACCAGCAAUACGUACUUUAUAUUUCUUUUAAAUUUAAUUACCUAGCUGAGUUAAGCUCAGCAGGUUACUAUGUUGAUUGCUGAUCUGUACAUUAAGAGUGUGAGUUUAGUAGGGGUUUGAUCUAUAACUCACCUGAGCUGAAAGCUCAAGUGAACUUUUCUGAUCACCUGUUGUCCAUCCUGUCUGUCUGUAAACUAUUUACAUUUUCGACUUCUUCUCCAGAACCACGGGACCAAUUUCAACCAAACUUUACAAAAAAGCAUCCUUGGGUGAAGGGCUUAAGUUUGUUCAAGUGAAGGGCCAUGCCCCCUUCAAAUAGGGAGAUAAUCGCAAAAAUAAGGUGGGGGUCAUUUCAAAAUCUUCUCAAGAACCACAGGGCCAGAAAAGCUGAAAUUUACAUGAAAGCUGCCUGACAUAGAGCAGAUUUUUAGUUUGAAAAAAUCAUGACCCCUGGGGGUAUAAUGGGAUCACAUAGGGGAUCACAGUUUUACAUACAAAUAUACAGGGAAAAUCUUUGAAAACCUUCUUCUCAAGAACCACUAUGCCAGGAAAGUAGAAAUUCACAUGGAAGCUUCCUGACAUAGUGCAGAUUAAUUUUUUUUUAAAUCAUGACCCCUGAGGGUAUGAUGGGGUCACACUUGGGGAUCAAACUUUUACAUACAAUUAUAUAGGGAAAAUCUUCUCAAGAAACAAUGGACCAGAAAAGUUUAUAUUUGCAUGAAAGAUUCCUGACAUAGUGCAGUAACAAGUUUGUUUAAAUCAUGGCCCCCAGGGGUUGGGUGGGCCACAAUAGGGGAUCAAAUGUUUACAUACAAAUAUAUAGAGAAAAUCUUAAGAUAUCUUCUUAUGAAGAAUCACUGGGUCAGAAAAGUUUACAUUUAUAUGAAAGCUUCCUGAUAUAGUGCAGAUUCAAGUUUGUUAAAAUCAUGCCCCUUUUUGGGGAAGGGGGGAGCAAUAGAGAAUCAAAGUUUUACAUACAAAUAUAUAGUGAAAAUCUUCUCAAGAACCAUUAGGCUAGAGAAGUUCACAUGUACAUGAAAGCUUCCUGACAUAGUGCAGAUUCAAGUUUGUAAAAAUCAUGGCCCUCGGGAGUAGGUUGGGGCCACAAUAGGGAUCAAAGUUUUACUUGCGAUUAUAUAGGGAAAAUCUUUGAAUAUGGACCAAGAUAACUCAGGUGAGUGAUGUGGCCUCUUAUUUCAGAUUGCUUUCCACUAAAACUGCAUUUUUCAAAACUAAGUAAGCUAAAUUUGAAAGUUUUCAAUUUCAAAAUAUUAUUGUACAUGUACAUAUUCUCCACUUUCCAUCCAUCUUGGAUUUCUCAGAUGUGUUAUUCCUCCUUAAAUCCCCUCAACUGCAAUGGCCAAUACAAAAAUAAGCUAGAAACUCUUGGAUUAUAUCACAUGUAGCAUGAAUUGUGAAAGGCAAUUGCUUUUCAAUCGAUUUGUUUGAAUGUUUUUAAAAGGUUGCUGGUAGACUGAGGUUCAUCGUCGGAAACCUACGGUCGGUCACACUUCGUUUACUUCCUGUGGGACACACCGCUGAUAUUUUCGCAUAACUCAUUUAAAUACAUGACCUUACAUCACCUAUCAAGGACCAAUGGGAACCACCUCAAGUAUUCUCGGAACUCUGAGCAUCAGCAGUAAUGGUGAUGCCCAUGAAAGUGUGUGUGUUUUGUUGUGCCACUAUCAAAGAUCGGGGUUACAGGCUCUGUCGUCAAAAACUUCACCUGAACAGUGCAGCUAUGCUCUAGAGUGCCUAAACUUUACCCAACAGAUGCAUCAAUUGUGUGCAGCGUUUGUACGAAUAAAUGAAAUUGGGUAUGCAGUCAAUUGACAUGAAAGUGGACCAGAUGAAGGAGAAAAGAGAUAAGUUGUUAGGUAUGUUUAUAUUUUGAAUAAAAUUAAUUUCAAAACAAACUGACAAAGAAGUUGUAAAGCAUCUCGCUGAAAGCUUUGUAACUUAAACGUAGUCAAAAUCUUCGUUUUGAAAGUCAUGUUUUUCCAUUCCCCCAAACACUAGAAAUAAGGGGGCUUUUUCAUUGGUUGAAUAUUGCAAUAAGGAAUGGUAAUGUGACCAAUUGCAUAUAAAGAAGCCGAGACACACUUUCCAGCGAAAAUAUCGGCAUUGUGUCCCAUGGGAGGUAAAAGAAGUGCUACAACGUGUAUGAAUCAAAAAAAUCAUAUUUUGAAAUAUUAUAGAUUGUGGUUUUCAUGGCUGAUAAACCAAACUCAUCCCAGUAUUAAUCACUGUUAAUAAAUUAUUGAUAUUCAAUCUGAUGAAUGUAUGUAGAGAAAUUGUGAAUUCUUGAGAUAAAUCAUGAUUAUUCAAGAAAAUGGUGUAUUCUUUUGUUGCAAUAUAUUGUUUUGAUAUGCAUGAUUCUAUUAGACUCCUCAAAUUACACACAUUUUAUGAAUGAAUUUACACACAUUUUAUGAAUAAUUUCCUUGGAUUUGCUAAGUUACACACAUUUUAUUGUUGAGUUAUUCUGAACCUCUUUAUUUUCUUGUAAUUCCACUUCUUUUCUCCAUAUUUCAAAUAUUCAAAAUAAAAGAUCUGGAAGGAUGACUUGCCAGGGAAAAUAGAGAAAA